AUGUCCUCCCAUCCCAGCGUUGUUCUUAUCCCGGGCUCUUUCUGCCCGGCUAGCAUGUACGAUCCUCUUAUAACACCACUCCGUGCCAAGGGCUACGAUAUUCAUAUACUCGAGCCACCAUGCUACCCUGCCGGCUACCACGCCAGCUCCGGUACUGGUCAUCCAAGUAUGUACGAUGACGCAAAAUAUAUCAAUGAUUUUGUGACGAGACUGGCGAACGACGGAAAUGAAGUCGUCGUAAUCGCUCAUAGCUACGGUGGCUGCGCAGCCACGGAGAGCCUAAAAAAUGUGACAAAAAAAGAGCGAGAGCAGCAAGGAAAAGCUGGAGGGGUAGUACGUAUCGCGUACCUUACAGCCGCAGUACCACGUCUCGGUGAAAGCGUUGGUCAGACACUUGUAGGCGGCAAAGGCGCUCCUGUCGAUGUAGACGAGAAUGGAUGGAUGUCACAGCCAGACCCAGCGGCUGUAGCGGCCAUAUGCUUCAACAAUCUCACGCUAGAAGAAGGCCUUUCGUACGUUGCCAAAUUCGGGAAACACUACAGUGCUUGUUUCGGGGACGCAAUAACCCACCCUGGCUAUAAAGACAUUCCAGUGUCUUGGCUCUUCGCUGCCGAGGAUCUUAUCAUUCUGCCGGAGGUGCAGCAGACUGCCAUCGAUGUUAUAGAAGGAAGCUGGGUUGGUACGGAGAGAGAGGGAAGGAAGGUAGAUGUUACCAGGGUUGUUUGCGACCACUUUCCGCUUGUUCUUGAUGAGAAGAGGAAACAAGUGAGUGAAUGGAUUGAAGGUGCCGUUGCAAAAGGUGGCUGCGAAUAA